AUGGCGUCUCCUCUAAUGCUCGGCGGCUCGCCCGCCCAUUCAGAGAGCUUCUCUAGUCUCAAUUCCCCUCCCUCAUCUUCUCCAGUUCGAAGGAAACCUCUCCCGCAAAAUGUCGAUCUGAUUCCGGGUCCUGUUCACCCCUCCUCUCCCCUUUCGAUCGAGGGAGAUAAACCCACACCCAUUCCCACUGCACCUGUGGAUAGACCACCAUCCCCUUCGUCGGCGGAUGGAGACUCAUUGAUCACGGUACAGAAGAACCCGAAUAGAUUCUCCAGAGGACAGCUCGCUGCGCCUCUGCACAUCGAUACCUCCACCUCCCGUCAGGACUCUGCUUCAUACUUGAGAUCCGUAAUCGCAGACGACGACGACGAUUCAGACGAGGCUAUUGACUACUUUGACGAAGAAUACGAACAUCAGUUCACGAAUGGAACCCCUCUACACAGUCGUCUAGACAGCGAACCAUUCAUCCCAGUCCUCAACUCCCCUCCCCCGUCGAAGCGAUCAUCGAGACGCGCAACGAGCAUGGCCUUACACCCACCGCUAAACCGGCCACCUCCGUUACAUAUUGACGUGGAUCAUCGCUACCUCGCCGGGGGCGAAUCGUCCAGUACCGAAAUCUCCGAUUCUGGACGAUCAGCAAUGCCAGUUUCCAUGCCCCCAUUGGCUAAUGUCCCCUUCAAGCCACCUUCUCCUUAUAAUACCAGAAGCAAUGGAAAUGGGUCGACGCGGACCCCUUCUAUGGGAUCUGCAAGUUUAAAGGAGAAUAUAUAUGCAUCCAAGAUGGCAGAUAUCGAGAAUGAACUACGAGAGAUAAGCUCCGAGUUGGCGGGGUCUAUCCGUCGAGAAAUGGACCUAGAAGAUCUAGUUGAAAGGCUACAAUCAGAAGGCCCUGACGCAAAUCGUCGGACCAGCGACUAUUUCUCGGAUUCGGGUACUAGUUCUGUUCGGUACGCUUCAGAAUCUGGAAAAAAUGAAGAUAUCGAGAAGAUUCGCCGGGCUGGAGAGCAAGAGCGUGCUCAGUUGAAGGUCGAGUUAUCUCAGAAGUUACAGGAGGAACGCUCUAAGCGAGUGGCUUCCGAGUCACACGUUCAAAUAUUGGAGUCUCAAGUACAACAGCUUCGUCGCGAGAGAACUGAUCUGUCUGAUCUAUCUUCCAAAACGAAAGAACUCGAGACGGCUCUCGAGAAUACCAAACGAAAGUUGCUCGAAGAGCGACAAUCUAAAGAUAACUUCGAGGAUCUACUGACAGCAAUGCGAGUAGAACUCGAGCAACUGCGUAAUGACCGAGACCAACUUCGAGAUGGCAGCAGGCUGGCAGAGGAAAUCGAGGCGCUCAAAAUCGAGAAUGCUUCUUUGGCCCAACUGCAAGGUGGUCGGUUCGCCUCGAUUGCCGAGGAGGGUGGCUCACCGAGAAACUCAGCCUUUGGACUUUCGAGGUCGAAUUCUCUCGCGCGCAAGCCCAGCGGCCUCGCACGCUCCGGCUCUCUUUCUCGGUCCAACUCGGUUUCCAAUAAUAAAGGUGGUAACUCACCCGAGACACGUGAAUCUUUGGUCGAUAAGGUCCAGGAUGUCGAGGUCCAGCGCGAUGCUCUUCAUCAGACUCUGCGGAACCUUCUAGAGCGCCAGGCAUACCAGGCUCGCGACUUUGAAAAGCGCACCCGAAUGCUGGAAAUGGAGCUUGCUAUAUCCCAGCAAUCAGGCCCUCCGCGAAAGCUGGGCUACAAGAGGGACGUGCACAACCUUCGCGAUGAGGUUAACAUUCUGCGCAUUCGCGCGGAAGAUGCUCUCGAUGGCAAGUGGCAAUCUGAGAAAAACCUAGCGGGUCUUAAGAUGGACUUGGACCGAGCAGAGCAGGAGACUAGCUCUUUGCGCGUGCUUCUGCAAGAGGACACUGCCGCUGCUGAACUGGUCGCCGGCCCAGAAGGCUUCUCCGGCGAGACGGCCACAUCCACCUCCCUACAAUCUGCAUUCCAGCAAUUACAGACGGACAGGGCUACCGCUGAGGCCAGUGUUGAACACUCAGACGAGCUUGCUUCAUCUUUGGAAAGAACAGAGGUGCUUGGUACCAAGGUGAACUACCAGCUGCGCACCAAUGCUACUGUCCAUGCCCGCUUGGAAGAGGCCAUCAACAAGGGUGAUCAAGAUCAGCAGAUCUCAGUCGAUCGCAUCAACACCCUGCAGAAUCACAUGAAGGAGCUCGAAGACGAUCUUGUAGCUGCCCAGCAAUAUACUGAAGAAGAAAUGGGCAAGCACGAGGACGAAAUCCGUCUCUUGAAAGAGAGCCAGAAUGCUUCACUUACUCGUAUGAAGAACGGCGGCCGCACACCCGUCAGUCUCUCACCCCGCCCACCCAGUGCACCAUUCGACACCCGCUCCCCGCGUCUGGAUCAGACGACCAGCGGAGAGGGUGUCCCCCUGGCCGAGGUCAUUCAGGCCGAGGCGCUCGAAAAGCGAGUCAAGGCCCUUGAGAAGCUCCUCCGCGAUGCGGACAUGGAGAUGGAGCAAGUGGUUGGACGCAUGAACCGUACACAGCUCGACGUUGCUCAGCUUCAAACUGACAGAGAUGACGCUCUCCGCCAGACUAGCGAACUCCAAACCGAGAUUCAAGCCGAGCGUGAAACCCUCCAGGGACUUGUCAAAGCCCUGUAG